UGUAGCAAUACUCGGCUGCAACUGUUAUACGCAAACAUUGCCAUACAACUCAGAAUCCCAUACCUGCACAGAUGUUGGCGGGAGUUGCCUUUGUUUCACAGCCAGUGGAAAAUAUGUUGAUUACUGGAUGUUCCCUGACCCAGCUGGAUCUAAUGUACCUCUUCUCAACAUAUGUAUCAAUUACUGUGCUGACUGUCACAACAUAAGGGUGGAGGUCGGUAACACAAUCCAGCGAACCUCGACGACCUCGAUAUAGUGGAUAAGGACAUUAGCAUCGCCGACGACCUCACCACCAAAAUGCAGCCUAUGAAGAACACUACUGUCCUCGCCUUUUCAUUCUUCGCUGUCUUCACCGCCUUUCAGGGAAUACAAAAUAUUGCAAGCAGCAUUAACCAGGAUAAGGGACUUGGAGUUGCCUCCCUUUCUUGUAUAUACUCCAGUUGCAUUGUGACGGCAAUGCUCAGUCCCUUGUAUAUACACAGUGUAGGGUUAAAACCAUCCUUUAUUCUUGCCUUCAUUGCCCACUGUUUAUAUUGUCUCAGUAACUUUCAUCCAGCAUGGUGGACAUUGAUACCAUCGUCUGUCCUAUUAGGUCUUACGUUAUCGCCCAUGUGGAUUGCCCGACAUCUGUACGUCACCGCAAUGGGAACACAAGACAUUCAGGGCAAGCAGGAAGGGAUCCAUGGUUCGCUCAGCAAACAUAAUGGAAUCUUUUUCGCUUGCUUUAGUUUAGCCCAAGUGACGGGAAACUUUUUGUCGUCUGCUAUCCUACAUCAAAGCUCAGCUGACCAAACAGAUCUGAAACAGGCAAAGAUCUGUGGCGCGGACGAUUGUCCAGGGAUCGAGAACAAGACAACGGAAAUUAUUCGUCCGGACACUUCUGUGGUCAACUUGUUGUUGGGGAUCUAUCUGGCAUGUCAGUUAGUUGGGCUGGGAGCAGCCAUGUUGUUUCUUAGACCGUUGAAACUGGAAGGGAGUGACCAGAAGAGCCCGAUAAAGAAAUCACUGUCUUGCUGCGUGGUUUUGAAGCAAAAGAAGUUAUUACUGCUGAUUCCUUUGAAACUCUCCCAGGCGGUUCACACCUCUAUCAUGUUCACAGGAUUUACCAAGGCCUACGUGAGCUGCUCUGCCGGUGUUAAGAUGGUCGGCUUUGUCAUGAUGACGUACGGCUUGGUGUCUUCUAUUUGCGCUGUCACCUUCGGCCAUGCCGCAAAAUACACUGGCCGGAAACCUCUGAUGGGCAUAACACUAGGCACGGAUGUCAUCACCCUAUUGUCUCUGUUACUAUGGAAACCGAUUUCUGGAGAAACGUACCUCCUUCUCAUAAUUCCUUCAAUAUGGGCUGUUGGUGACGGCAUCUGGAAGAGUCAAAUCAUGUCUCUCGUUGCCGUCGCUUUCUCGGGGGGACACCAGCAGCUUGCGGGCUUCUCAAGUAUUGUUGCCAUGGGUGAUAUUGGCUUCACCUUUGUCCUCAUCACAGAUCGAAUGAUGUGCCUGAGAAUCAAGUUGUAUGUCGCGAUAUUUCUGUGGACGGCGGCACUUGUCAGUUACAUUGUUCUCGAGGUUGUACUCAUCACCGAAUCAAAGGACAACGUUUCUGCCCAUCAUGGUGUGACUGUAGCUGCAGGGGAUGACGUCACACUGAGAUUACCUCAUUGUAGACAACAAAGUGUAAAAGUGCAGUCGUCCUAACUAAACAACUUUGAUGUGAAGUGAAUAAUAUUACCAUGGCGUGAACUUUACGUAACUACAGUAAACUACGGUUAUAACGAACACGCUUAUAACGAACUUACGGAUAAAACGAACUUACGUUUUUGGUCCCGACUAUUUGCUGUAGUUAUGCUGUAUAUAUGAUUAUAACGAACUACGGUUAUAACGAACUAACAUUAGUAGUCCCUUUGAGUUCGUUAUAACCGUACUUUACUGAAUGUAAUAUUGUUUCUAGUAAUCAUGGGGCGGUCGGGUAGCCUAGUGGUUAAAGCAUGCGCUCGUCAUGUCGUAGACCCGGGUUCGAUUCCCCACAUGGGUACAAUAAGUAAAGCCCAUACCCGAUGUCCCCCGCCGUGAUAUUGCUGGGAUAUUGCUAAAAGCGGCGUAAAAUUAUACUCACUCUUGUAAUCAUGGUAUUUGUUAUUUCUGAGGUACAUAGAAUAAUUAUAUGCACUUGUCUUCUUGUCAUUGUGUUUCCUUUAUAAUACAAUAUUGGAUAUGUCUGUUAUAGGUUGGGCGGUCGGGUAGCCUAGUGGUUAAGACGUUCGCUCGUAACACCCAAGACCCGGGUUCGAUUCCCGAUAAGGGUACAAUGUGUGAGGCCCAUCUCUGGUGCCCCCCGCCCUGGUAUUGCUGGAACAUUGCUAAAGGCGGCGUAAAACCAUACUCACCCACUCUUUAAAAACUUCCAUUCUUACUCACUGGAUAUUAAACCACAUUUAAGC